CGUUCGGGAGCAGGGGGGAGCCACCAGCUCAUCUCAGCGUACCCCUGCUCUCUGAAAUGAACCACGCCUGACUUCCCACUACCACCACUACCACCAGCAGCAGCUCAACGACAGCCAUAUUGUAUGUCUUCGCAAAUCGCCUUACGGUAGAUCUGACUUCCAUGGUUUCCCCCCCUUAACCCCGUGUCCGUGAAACCUUUUCCUGGGGAAACCCCGACGAGAUAAGGACCCACCGAACCGGAUCGUGUUCUCCUCGUCUACUGGAAAACGAACCGGAGGAUCUUGCAGGUUUUUUUCUGGGUUAAGCCAUAUAAAGGACACGCUUCCCCGCGGUCUUGUGAAAACAGUGUCCAAGCUCAGUCGUCACCAGAGGGGGCACCAUGCCGAAACCGAUCAAUGUGCGCGUCACCACCAUGGACGCGGAGCUGGAGUUCGCCAUUCAGCCCAGCACCACGGGGAAGCAGCUCUUUGACCAGGUGGUGAAGACCGUGGGCCUGAGGGAGGUGUGGUUCUUCGGCCUCCAGUACACCGACAGCAAGGGCUACAGCACCUGGCUGAAGCUCAACAAGAAGGUUACCGCGCAGGACGUGAAGAAGGAGAACCCGCUGCAGUUCAAGUUCCGGGCCAAGUUCUUCCCCGAGGACGUCUCUGAGGAACUCAUCCAGGAGAUCACACAGAGGCUGUUCUUCCUGCAGGUGAAGGAGGCCAUCCUGAACGAUGAGAACUACUGCCCCCCCGAGACGGCGGUGCUGCUGGCCUCCUACUCGGUCCAGGCCAAGUACGGCGACUACAGCAAGGAGGGCCACAAGCCGGGCUACCUCACCCACGACCGCCUGCUGCCCCAGAGGGUUCUGGAGCAGCACAAGCUGACCAAGGAGCAGUGGGAGGACCGGAUACAGACCUGGCACGAGGAACACAGAGGAAUGCUCAGGGAGGACUCCAUGAUGGAGUACCUGAAGAUCACCCAGGACCUGGAGAUGUACGGCGUCAACUACUUUGAGAUCAAGAACAAGAAGGGCACGGAGCUGUGGCUGGGUGUGGACGCGCUGGGCCUCAACAUCUACGAGCACGACGACAAGCUGACGCCAAAAAUCGGCUUCCCCUGGAGUGAGAUCAGAAACAUCUCCUUCAACGACAAGAAGUUUGUCAUCAAGCCCAUCGACAAGAAGGCCCCGGACUUUGUGUUCUACGCGCCGCGGCUGCGCAUCAACAAGCGCAUCCUGGCUCUGUGCAUGGGCAACCACGAGCUGUACAUGCGCCGCCGCAAGCCCGACACCAUCGAGGUGCAGCAGAUGAAGGCGCAGGCCCGCGACGAGAAGCAGCAGAAGCAGAUGGAGAGGGCCCAGCUGGAGAACGAGAAGAAGAAGCGGGAGCACGCGGAGAAGGAGAAGGACCGGAUAGAGCGGGAGAAGGACGAGCUGCUGGAGAGGCUGCGGACCAUCGAGGAGCAGACCCUCCGGGCCCAGAGAGAGCUGGAGGAGCAGACGCGCCGCGCCCUGGAGCUGGAGGCGGAGAGGAAGCGGGCGCGGGACGAGGCGGAGCGGCUGGAGAGGGAGCGGCAGGCCGCCGAGGAGGCCAAGGCCGAGCUGGCCCGGCAGGCCGCCGACCAGAUGAAGAACCAGGAGCAGCUGGCGGCUGAACUGGGGGAGUUCACGGCUAAGAUCGCCCUCCUGGAGGAGGCCAAGAAGAGGAAGGAGGAGGAGGCCAACGAAUGGCAGCACAAGGCCAUGUCGGCCCAGGAGGACCUGGAGCGGACCAAGGAGGAGCUGAAGACGGCGGUCACGCCCCUGGUCACGCCCCUGGCCACGCCCCUGGCCACGCUGCCGGCGGGGGGCGGCGGUGGCGGGGGCGGGCCCGACGAGGGGGAGCACUCGGAGCAGGAUGACGAGCAGGCGGAGGCCAGCGCCGAGCUGUCCUACGAGGGCGUGAGCCAGCUGGAGCUGAGGAGCGAGGAGCAGCGGGUCACAGAGGCCCAGAAGAACGAGCGCGUCAAGCAGCAGCUGCAGACGCUGACCUCUGAGCUGGCGGACGCGCGCGACGACACCAAGAAGACGGUGAACGACGUGCUGCACGCCGAGAACGUCAAGGCCGGACGUGACAAGUACAAGACGCUGCGGCAGAUCCGCUCGGGGAACACCAAGCAGCGCAUCGACGAGUUUGAGUCCAUGUGAGGGGGGGCGUGGCACCCAUCCGCUACUCCCCCGUUCCCCUCCCCCCCCCCCCCCCCCUGCAUUUACCUGCAGCCAAUCGCUUUCCACGGACCCCGCAGACUCACAAUAAAACGAACGAACAAAAACAAAAAACGAACAAGGAACUAUUUUCCACCGGGACGGAAUUCGUAAGGGUGCGGUACGGAGGGCCGGGAGCUCGUCUUUGCCAAAGUUUUGCCCUCCUCUUCGUCCACCUCUUCGCACGGCGCUAAUGUUUUCAAAGCUAACUUUUCUUAAAGCCUCCCAAGACGUCUCCCACAAGAAGGUCGCUAGGAUUGCCAGAAGAACAGGCAACCGAGUUAUUUUUGUUUUGUUUUUUGUCCCGGAGCAAUCAAGGCCAUGAAAUAAUCUUUUUUUUUUUGUUGUCUUGCCGUUGCUUGCUUCGUAUGCUCGUCUGGAAUGAUAGUAUUAUUAUGCAACAAAGAUGUUCAGUUUAAAAGUGCUCCCGUUCUCUUUUUAGAAAGUUGUCAUCCUCUCCUUUUUUGCGUUCGCUUCGUUCAAUGGAUGUCAUCAUUUUUUUUUCUCGUACCUAGGGAGGUAGGUUUCGGUGAAUCCAGGCAAAUUUAGAAAAAUCUUGAGUUGAGGGAAAUGCUCUGGAUUUUGGCCAUUUUGUUUCUUUGGUUGUUUGUGUGGGAAAUAUCUACGAGUCCGUCCAGGAAGAAAGAUAGUUUAAAGUCGGUUCUGUUCAAUUCUGUAUCGGACCGAUCACAACUGUAUUUGUUUCAGAAUCUUGAACCAGGUCUGCAUCCAUGAAGUGUCCGGACUUGGGUGAAAGGAGUACAAGUAUAUCAGACCCCAAGGCAUUACGGGGUUUGGAGUCUAAUUAAAGUAGCAAAGGCAUCAAAGGGAAACCAGGGUCUCAUUUCACUGAGCUGGAUGUUCGUGUUACUGAUCCACAAAGGAGGUGUUGUUUUACAGGCUAACGGUCACGUGUGUGUGUAUGUGCGUGUACGUUUUCCAACUCGUAAGUUGAAUGGGUUCCUGUCACGGAGAAGCCCAGAGAGCUAGUUUUAGUGGAUGCCUGUGAGUCUGAUCAAAUCAUCAGUCCUCAACUUCAGAACCGAAUCUCUACCUCAACCCUGUUGCCAUGGUGACCGCCCAGUGGUGGCGAUGAUGCACUUCACGGUUAAGACGAGGUCAUGGUGGGUUUGAUUCGAUUUGGACGCUGAUGGCGGUUUCUGUUUUAGAUUUUUUUUGGGGGCGAAAGACGUUGCAGUCAAAACGACGCGUGUCGGUCAAUUUAACGUUUAUUUCUCAGAUCUCCCAGGGACGUCGAGUUUCAAAAGUUGCUACAGGGAGGGCGCAAACACACGCACGCAUACGGCAUGUUUGACAGUCACACAAGGGCUACCGAGAAGCGAAUCGGCUGCGUUCGCUCUGACUCCCGUCAGCCAAUCAGUUGUUCAGGCCCGAGGCAUCCGUUUGUUUUAAACACUUCCACUUUGGACGAUUCUAGAAUUGUCUCAAGCUCUCGAGUCCUCUUUGAGGGUGACCUAGGAGCGCAACUUUGGACGUGCAGACAAUUUCUUUCUUUCAUUUUUUUUCUUUUUAAAACCGAUGGAUUUGCAGGAUUUAAGGUUUUUGCAAGGGAGUCAAAGUUUAAAAGAUGAGCUGGGGAGUUGACAUUUUUUCUUUCUGGUAAUUUUCCUCUGGCGGAAUUACAACAAAACCGUUUUAGUAUUUUUCCACAUCUAACCUCACUUUUCUCAACGCUUUAACUGCAAGUUCAAUCUGCCUCUUCUGGGCCAGCGGAGGCAGGAUUGUUCAAAGAGGCGUUUUCGAAAAAUGAGUGCAUUUUAAGUUUUGUUUGUUUUUUAAAUUUGCAAUAAAAUAAAAACAUUGUUAUUUUGUUAUGCUA